UCUAUUACGUUAGCGACCACAGUUUAUGUAACUAGUAAUUUUCUAAGUAAGUAGAAAUAAAAAUUUGGAUUGUGUAACAAAUAGAGGUCAAUGAGUUCACCUUUUGGUAGUUUGUCGUCUGGGAGGCGGUCACCAUUUCCUCGAUUCAGAGCUUCAGAGAGAUGGGCUUCAAGCAGCAAAUGUAUGGCAAACCAGGUCAAGGAGUACAUAGCUCGAUACCCGUCAGUACUAGAGGACUUUCUUCUGCAGAAUAAUGUCAGCGCAGAGUACCUACAAGGCAUAUUGUUAAAGAAACGGAAAACGACAAAGAGAACAUCUUUAUAUAAACAGCGUCGUGCAGCAAGCUCACUCAUUAAAUAUGCUUCAGAAAUGGGAAUAGCCAAGCUGUGUCAUAAAAUAAUCACGUGUACAAAAGAUGAGGAAAUUUGCGAGAGGAUUUACGAAAUAUGCCAAGUUGUCGGACACGCUGUCGAUUCGGACAAAGACAGAUUAUAUGUCACGAGACCGAACGGUGUAGAUCUGGCACUAUAUGAACCCGAGAAAGGGUUUAAAGUUGUUGGCCCAGUUGGAAAGCACUUAACUGUGUCGGCUCAUGUCGCUGUCGAGAAAAAGUCACUUAAUAUUAUGGAUCUACCUCAAGACUCAAGAUUUCCAAAAGGUAUAGCUUUAGGUGACGAGAGUGCCCAUUAUGUUAUGGCCAUCCCGAUAGUGUUAGAAGACGGCCGGUGUUUCGCCGUGGCCGAGUUCUCGAGGGGCUGGACCGAGGCUCGCUUUGAAGACACGGCAUUUGAGCUGACAAACGCCAUAUUCUGCUGGAUAAAUGCUUGUGUGCAGAAAAUAAACAUUAACAAGCUGAUGAAGAUUCACGAGGCAUUGAACGAGUUUCUGUUAGAGACAACCAAAGUGAUGUUUGACGAUAUCUACAAUAUAGACCAUCUUGUCAACCACAUCAUGAUCUUCACGAAAAAUCUCGUGUCUGCUGAUAGGUGUGCUCUCUUCUUGGUCGACGAGGAAAGGGAAGAGUUGUAUGCUGAUAUGUUCGAUGAGGGCAAACAAGCAGACGACGGUACUCCAGUGGUGUCAAAGAAGUCUCAGAUUCGUUUCCCACGAGAUCGAGGCAUUGCAGGACAUGUUGCCAAAACAGGCGAGAUCGUGAAUAUCAAAGACGCUUACAAAGACGCUCGUUUCAAUCCUGAGAUAGAUAAAAAGACCGGGUACCAUACCAAAAACAUUUUGUGCAUGCCAAUAUCCGGAAAACACGGCGUUAUAGGAGUGGUUCAAAUGAUUAACAGAAUCAACGGGGAUUGCUUCACGCAAGACGAUGAGGAUGCUUUCAGGUUAUUCGCUGUUUACUGUGCCCUGGCAUUACACUACUCCCGCGUUUAUAGCAGUCUUACUCGACAGCAGACAAUGCACAAGGUUGCAAUGGAAGUCCUUGAAUUCCACAUCUCCUGUACAGAGGAAAGCGUUGCUAAACUGAAGUCAGAAUACCGCCUGCAAGAUGACAAGAUUCCUGAAGACUUCUUUUCUUUUGAUUUCUGUGCAUACAGCUACGCUGAAAUUCUGCCACAUCUCUUUAUCAAGAUGAUUCAUGACACAUUCGGAGAGGAUCGGUUUGCAAUAGACAUAUUAUGUAGAUUUACACUCACUGUCCGUAAAAACUACCGUCAAGUCGCGUACCAUAACUGGGAACAUGGCUUCCAUGUCGCUCACGCCAUCUGGCGGAUGAUACAAACCUCGAAGGAUAAAGAAUUCACUCUUCAUGAAAAGCUUGCUCUCCUUAUAGGCGCAAUAUGCCACGAUAUUGACCAUCGUGGAUACAACAAUGAGUUCUUCAAGAAAAUGGAUCUUCCGCUUGCUGCCCUGUAUUCAUCUUCAAUUAUGGAAAGCCACCAUUAUCAGCAGACGGUAACAAUAUUGCACGCGGAGGGACAUGACAUCUUCUCAUUCCUGAAAGCAGACGAACAUAAAGAAGUUCUUGAUAAAAUUAGGCAGACCAUCAUAGCAACAGAUCUGUCAUUAUAUUUUGGAAACCAGAAGUAUCUAGCAAACCUGCUGGAGAAAGAGGAGUUCAGCAUGGAUAUCCCGGAGCAUCGUGAUGCUCUUAUAGCAUUGAUGAUGACCGGUGCUGACCUGUGCGCCGUGCCAAAACCGUGGGAAACUCAGAAGCAUACGGCAGAAUGUCUGUAUGAGGAAUUCUGGAUACAGGGAGACGAGGAGAAGCUAAAAGGGAACAACCUUACGGAUGAGGGGACCGACUAUACAGAGACGAAUUCCCAAAAACAAAGGUACUGA